AUGGGUCACUUCAUAUUCUUCGUCGAGUGGCCGAUCUGGGCAAAGUUGAGCUUUGUCGUCAUCAUCACCCUGGCAGGCUUGGUCAAGCUCCACAAGAUCUUGAAGGUCCGAAAGCUGACAAAAGCACAAACUGGAGACAUCGAACGGGCAGAGGUCAGAGAAAGAAUCAGGUCCAGUGAUGAGAUACCCUUUGGAGCCAAGGCCAUGCUUGAGGAUCCAGAAAUAGAAGGAGUGUGGAAUUCACGAGCUUCAACACCACUACAAUCUCCCAUACUUGCUCCCAGAAAUUUUAGUCCUUCCAGAAUGUCCUUUAACCUGCUCUCAAGGUCGAGGAGGAACUCAUCUAUAUCGUCCAGUCCAUCCUUGUCUGGACAGACUCCGGACACAUCCCCAGGCUGUCGGAAUUCGACCUCAAGGAAAGAGUCGUGCUCACAAUCAGAUUGUGACACUGCCGGUACAUCUAUCAGCACUGCUCUCCCGUCGAAGUCAGAUUCACGUGAUCAUCCAUGGCAGCAGCAAGUGCCUAAAUCGCAUUCUGAAGGCACCAUCGUCCCUCGUCGCCGUUCUGUUACUAUCAGGUCGGCCUUGAGACCAGAUAAUUUUGUGACCAAGAGCUUGCCCGUGGACGAUGAACCUCUUGUGAUCAUAGGUGAUGAGAGGCGACGGACUAGAGUCUCCACAGAUCCGAUGCCAGAGACGCCAACGCAUGCCCGACACGAACAAUCGCAGCGUGCAUCCGGGCCAGUACACCCAGGCACUCAGUCUAUGGAAAGAACGCCCACUACCAAGAAAGCGUUAGAUCGUAUGGAAGCACAUCGGAAAUUUCAUGCUGCAGAGAGUGGCCAGUUACGACCACGAACGCGCAGUUCUGAGCACAGAUCUCUCGGCCACAAGCAUAGUACUUCGGAGAACGGCAUUAUCACAGAGCAGGAGAAUACACGAGCUGUCUCCUGGCCCAUCACUUCAGGCGAAGUACUUGUUAACUUCAAUGCAACUCAAAAGGUGCAGACGCAGACCAGCCCGCAUGUUGUACCCUUUCGAGCGUUUGUCGAGAUGCACCCUCCACCAAAGUCUCCCCUCAGAAACCCUCCGUCUGCAUGGACCGAAAAGACUCAAGGCCUGCUAGAGGAAAAGCUGGAGGCAGCACAAGCAUCCAGAAAGAGGGUAGUAAUUCGAAAUAGCAAUACUACUGGCGAAAUCCCCAAGAAGCAACUCUACGUUGUCUCAAACAGGGAACCUUACAAAAGUGAGCAGGAAAGUGCUUCUUGGCUGGGAGAUCAGUCCCAUCGAGUCAACCAUGGUUUCGAAGUUCUGCCAGUGGGCAAGCUGGAAGAACCGUCACUGGUCAAAGAAUUUGGCUAUUUGAAAGAGGCCUUGCAAGAGACGUCCAACGAUUCGAAGCCUAGGAAGCUUCAAAGAAGGAAUAGAUCUUCGUCCAGAGAACGUCCUGGACUUGUCGAUGGCACGCGGCAAAUCAUGGUGUAG